ACCCUAGCGGCCAAAGUGGGAACUGUUCAGUUUUGUACCUAGUGGAUCAUGUUGGGUGCAGUUGGAAGAACCGCCAGCCUUUUGGCUGGAAAAACCUUAGAAAAAGUUGGACAAGAAUCAGUGAAAGUCGCCACAUGCCACUUCCAACAAAAUCGCACCCUUGCGGCCAAAGCGGCAGCCGCUCAGGCCAAGGGCCGUAUCGUGGCCGUCAUUGGUGCUGUGGUGGAUGUGCAGUUUGAGGACGAUCUGCCCCCCAUUCUCAAUGCCUUGGAAGUCGCCAACCGCAGCCCCAGGCUGGUCCUCGAGGUCGCCCAGCACUUGGGAGAGAACACCGUGCGUACCAUUGCUAUGGACGGUACUGAGGGUCUGGUCAGAGGCCAGAAUGUGUUGGACACUGGUUACCCAAUCAGGAUCCCAGUUGGUGUUGAAACUCUGGGUCGUAUCAUGAACGUUAUUGGCGAGCCCAUUGACGAGAGGGGCCCCAUUCCGACCGACAAGCUCGCUGCCAUCCACGCUGAAGCGCCCGAGUUCGUCGACAUGAGCGUCGAACAGGAGAUUCUGGUGACCGGAAUUAAGGUGGUAGAUCUUCUGGCCCCCUACGCCAAAGGAGGUAAAAUUGGUCUCUUCGGCGGUGCCGGUGUGGGCAAAACUGUACUCAUCAUGGAGUUGAUCAACAACGUGGCCAAGGCCCAUGGUGGUUACUCUGUGUUUGCUGGAGUCGGAGAACGUACCCGUGAAGGUAACGAUUUGUACCACGAGAUGAUUGAGUCCGGAGUCAUCUCCCUCAAGGACAAAACCUCCAAAGUAGCGCUGGUAUACGGGCAGAUGAACGAGCCCCCAGGCGCCCGUGCUCGUGUGGCCUUGACCGGACUGACUGUCGCCGAGUAUUUCCGUGACCAAGAAGGACAGGACGUGCUGCUCUUCAUCGACAACAUUUUCAGAUUCACCCAAGCUGGUUCCGAGGUAUCCGCCCUUUUGGGUCGUAUUCCUUCCGCCGUCGGUUACCAACCCACCCUGGCCACUGACAUGGGUAGCAUGCAGGAAAGAAUCACCACCACCAAGAAGGGCUCCAUCACUUCAGUACAGGCCAUUUACGUGCCAGCUGAUGACUUGACUGAUCCCGCACCAGCCACCACCUUCGCUCACUUGGACGCCACCACUGUCUUGUCGCGUGCCAUCGCCGAAUUGGGAAUCUACCCCGCUGUGGAUCCUCUUGAUUCAACCUCGCGUAUCAUGGACCCCAACAUUAUCGGGCAGGAACACUACAACAUUGCCCGUGGUGUGCAGAAGAUUUUGCAGGACUACAAAUCCUUGCAGGAUAUCAUUGCCAUCCUGGGUAUGGACGAGUUGUCUGAAGACGACAAACUGACUGUGGCCCGUGCGCGCAAGAUUCAACGUUUCCUGUCGCAGCCUUUCCAGGUUGCUGAAGUUUUCACCGGCCAUCCUGGCAAACUUGUGCCCCUUGAAGAAACCAUUAAGGGAUUCCAAAAGAUCCUGGGCGGCGACUACGAUCACUUGCCCGAAGUCGCUUUCUACAUGGUCGGCCCCAUUGAAGAAGUCGUGCAAAAGGCCGAAAAAUUGGCGGAAACUUCGUAAGCCGCCUACGAUUAAGUAAAAUAAUUCAUAGAUUUUUCCAACCGCUAAUCGAGAACAGCCCGAAGAUGAUUUAAUUCUGAAAAUAGGAUUUUUAUAUAUGUUCCAAUCGCAUCCCUUGGAGGGGGGUACGCAAUUAUUUGUUGUAUUUACAAUCUUUUAAUUAUUAAAAAUAAUUAGACGUGUAACUGAUGAUUGGCGUCGUUUUCAUUGGUAUCCCUGAGGUGAAUAAAACCGACAGUUUUUGUUUA